GCCAGUAUAUGUACCUACUUAAACUUUAAAAUAAAAAUCAAUAAAUAGUGCACUGACUAACUCUACACAAACAAAUGAUUUUAACAAAAUCAGUGAAUAAUGUCAUUGGUUCCUUAGACCUUUAUUUGUUUCUAUAAUUUUGUCCAAAUUCAUUAUUACUUCCUUGCAAAAUGUUUUUAUAGAACUAAUAGUGCCUGUUUGGUGCGCGUGCGCGCGCAGGUGAUGUGCCGCGACGAGGGCACGGGCGGCUGGGUGGCGCUGGGCGGCGGCGGGCUCGCCGACGUCAUGGUCGGCCGCCGCCCGCCGCGCGCCGCUCGCCUCUCCGGCGGUGGUGAUAGUAACGGGGACACGACAUCUUCCUCCGCUAAUGCGCCCGCGCACGAGUACUUCAUACAUGGGAAACGGAUUUGCGAUAAUAUGGUGGUACUCGAGUGCACUAUAAAGAAGGACUUCCAGUACAACAAGGUGAUGCCGACCUUCCACCACUGGGUGACUGAUGAGAAGCGCUUCGGCCUGACCUUCCAAACUGCAGCUGACGCGAGAGCCUUCGAUAAGGGAGUAAGGACUGCUAUUGAGGAGCUAUUGGACGGUCUGGGCGGCGCGUGGCCGUCACUUCACGCGUAUAAAAAACACAACCCAGCUCCUAAAGAUGACGAUGAGGAGCAGAAUAUCUUCGAGUGUUUGAACUUGCCAUCGGACUCGCGCUCUUCCUCCGAGAACUCGACGGCCAGUCGCACGCGCCGCAAACAGGACGACCUCACGCAGACCAUACUAUCAGCCAUUACGUUGCCCAGGCAUCCGCUCACAGUUUCAGAGUCUCUCAAACCGUACGAAGUGCAGUAUGAAGACAAAGCUGACGAUUCCGAACCGGACCGAUGUCCCUACGUACAUCUGUCUGCGAUCCACGAUUAUACGUACCCUCAAGUCGGCUCCGGAGUUGUCAGCUCCGAGAAGUGCUCCCCCAACACUAAGCCCGCCUUGCUGGAGCGGGACUCGGGGUCAAUAAAGAAAAUCGGCUACACCCCGCCUCCGCUGCCCGGAAAGAAAUCUACGGAAACUUUCCAAGCGAGGCUCAAAUGCAGACAUUGCCACGAGUGGUAUUUGGAGAGUGCGAAUCGCGCAGGCGCGUGUCAGUUUGCGCCCGACUGCUGCAGGUCCUGCAUCGACUGCGUGUCCUGCAUCAAGUGUGCGCAGUGCAUGCUGUACCACUGCAUGUCGGACGCGGAAGGAGACUUCGCGAUGCAUCCGUGCGUGUGCGGCGCGCCCGACGACCAGUGCGCCAAGCGAUGGGUCGGCAUAACUCUCCUCAGCCUCCUGGUCCCGUGUCUAUGGUGUUACCUUCCACUUCGCUGCGCCCACAGAGCCGCUAGAGCCGCGAGGUUAGCCGGCGGCGCACACGCACCGCACCACAAAUAAACAGCUGUUUACAGUCCACGCUGUGAUGAUACGAGUUACAGUGGUGGGCAUAACGCGGAAACGAGUUACAUGCUUGACGAUACUUAACUUUUAAGUGUAAGGCUUGACGAUACUUAACUUUUAAGUAAGGCAACCAUGUAAACUAGUGAAAAUGACAGUGCAAGUGACCGUGUAGUAACAGCUAGUGCAGUGCAAUGUUGGAAGUGAAGGACUGAAUCGUGGAUAAUACUUAUCCUGUGGUACGUUCUUGUGUUGGACUCGAUAUUGGUAUGAUGAUGGUAAAUUGAGAUAUGUCAGCCCUGUUUGUGAAAAGGACGUAGGGAUAAGAUUUGCGGAAUUCGAUAAUAAAGGAUAUGUACGAUGCAAACUAUAAAGAAAUUGAUUACGGAUUCAGAUAAACGCGAAAUUUAUUGAAGAUGUGACACAUUUGUGGACAAAAUCGAAUUUUACAGUUUAAUAUGUUCUGAUCUUCAAAUUAAAUAUGUGUAGUGUAUUAUUUUAUGUGAAAUGUUCAUAUUGAGACCCAAUGUUUAGAAAGAUAUAAAAGCUAUAGAAUCACAGUUGUGAUGGCUAAAAUCUAUAGUGUCACAAGUCACAAUUCUAAUAAUAAUUAAUGUGUAAAAUGUAAGAAAUCAUUGAAAAGUACAUGUUACGAAAUAGAAAUGAUAACACACAGAUCAAAAUUAAUAGAUGUAAAGCUUUAAACAUUAAAAUAGGAUAGAAAAUAACAAUAUUCCAAUUUUAAUAAGUGUUUAUCAACAGUUGACUUGUUAUAUGCCACAGGCAAGUUUGGACUAAGAAAAGUAUGAAAAGAGUUGAAAACUCGAUAACAAGGAUGUGAAUGUCAUGCACCCAGUGUUGCUAUUUGUAACACUGAAGUCGUGGAACUAUUACUGGCAACACGGUGAAGUUGCCAACUUUAACAAAUAUUAUUAAUGCUUUAGUGCUUAUUCUUAACCAACCUGAUUCACCAUGGUUUGGAAUUACACAAAUUUGUGCCAUAAAUUACAGAUUUCAGUUCUCAAGUUUCUGUCUUCCAUUAUUUCAAGAUCUGUUAAGAAUCUAACGUCACUUUCUCGUACUAAAGUACAAUAUCUAUAUAAUAUUGUUGGUGUUAUAAUAUGUAUUUAUCAGCAGUAAAAGGGUUGAACCCAUAUUUGUGUUCUAUUUGCAUAUUGUACUAUUGUUUGGCAUGGACCUGACAUAUCCCAUUGUUAUACUCUUUAAAGCUUCGUUGAAUAAUCGGCAAAGAACAAAUGUCUUUUAAAUUUAGACUAUUUAUUUAGUACAAUAUUGUACACUUUUUUUAAUUAGGUUAUAAAAAAUACGGGUAGUAUACUUUCGUGUAUUUUUUUUCACAAUCUAUCUCAUUUGCUGUAUUCUUUUAUAAUAAUGUUUAAAAUUAAUCUAUUUCAAAAUUACAAAAAGGGCUUAAUGGAAGCUCUUUUGUAUUUGAGAAGUGUUAUAAUCGUAAUGUCACUUAAAAACAUAAUGUUUAUUAUUAGUGUUAAAAAUAUAGUUGACAUUAAUCAGUUAAAGUUUUUAAACAUUAUAUAAAUGUUCAUGUGGUAAUUUUUACAUAAUUCGUGAUAGGUAUAAGUGUAUUGAAAAGAAAUUAUAAGUCACUUAUUUUCACCAUUUGUUAAAUUCGUCUAGUCUUGUUAGGAUCAAUAUAUUUUCAACUCAUUCACAUUUUUUUAUUCAUUCUGUUUAAAAAAAAAUAAUAAAAACGACCAAACCUCUUUUAUAUUAUAAUUAAGUACUUGAUACCGGAAUGGCUUUAGGCACUUGAAGUAGUUGUGUUUCAUUGAAUUAAUAAAUAACAGAGCAACACAGAAUGGUAAGUAUAUCUGGAGAAAAAAUACAAAAUUCGAACAAUUCUCCACAUAAAUGGGCUCACUUGUGGGAAUUUAUGACAAUUUUGUAUUUUAAAAGCAAACGCGAUUCAAUGCCACGUUGUAUCGCUUUUGUCGACACGACAGGAACGAAUCACAUUUGAUAAUAUUUAUUACAUAAAAAACUAUGUGAAACAUGUUGCUUCAACCUGCUAUGCGCCAUUCCCGUACUCUGCAUUACAACUUAACGUUACAUUAAAUUUUAAACUUGUAAUAAAUAAGUAAAUGUAUUAAAUGUUUAAUAUAAGAGCUGUAUUUGAAAUGUUUUUUUUCUAAUAUUAACCUCUUUGGUAAAUAUUGGUAAUAAACCUAAAAAUUACGUUCCGAAAGCAUAGAUAUAUAUAUAAAGAGACUUUAAUAUUUACUGUAGUGAAUUUAAUUCUACGAAUAUCUGUGUAGUCUCUCGAUUAAGGAAAAUCACAAACUUAAUUAUAAACCAAAGUUUUAUGUAAACAGAAAUUUGCGUGAAAUCGCAAUGAAAUGGUUGUUUAAAUGAAAAUAAAUGUAUUGAAAUAAAUUAUUCGUGAGAAA